AUGGAUUCUGAAUUUUCUGAUUCAGAGGAUGAAUUUGAACAAACUGUAACUUCUUUACCUGCUGCACAAGGUAAUAAAUAACAUCAAGCUAUUGGAUAUCGUAGCACUUGGAGCAUUCCAGCUGCCAAAAACAUUUAUAAAACACUAAAUCUAUAUACUCCAUAGUACUCCAUACCAAUGUAUUUUGAAAUUUUGAAUGGUAUUAAAAUAAAAUCAUAAAUUCAUACUGAGUUACUCAUUGAAUGAGUGAUUGACGGAUAUUAAAGUGAAUAAAUGGUAGCUUCUCAAUUAAAUUGCAAAGUCUUCAUUGCAGUGUUGUGUAUGCAAGGGGCCCUCCUCAUGUGCACACAGGUGCUUGCAAUGUAAGAAGCCAGUCCAUGCUAUAUGUGGUAAAAACCCAGAUGGAUUAGAAGGAUUUGGUGUACCUGUUCUUUGCAACAUAUGUCAAACAAGGGAUAAAAUUGGUGAGAAUGCAUUAAUUAACUGUACAAGUUUGUUUUAUUGCAAAACUCUAUUUUAGCAGAUCUCUUAUACUGAAAAAUUUAGUUCGCACUUAACAAUACUGAUAGUAUAAAUUAUUAUUAUUAUUAUUAAAACUUUAUUUAAAGAAGGUUAAUUUACAAGGAAAUAUGCCAGUUUAGCUUUCACUAAUCUUCCACUGGACCUUCUAAAGUUAACUAUAUAAUCGAAUAUAUUUACAUGCAGUACAAUUUACAUUUCUACAGACUACAGUAUACAUAAUUACAUAAAGUACAUAUCGAUAUAGAUAUAAAAAAAUUGGAAUUAACAUACACAUACAUUAACAUUUACAUAAAUGGAGAUUAAUAGAAGGGUUAGAGUCAAGUGGUUCCCACUGACGUAUUUAAAACGUUCUCCUUGGCCCCUUUAUUCAAUUAGAUGAAGAAUAAAAAAUUAAGUUAGUUCUAUAUAUAAUUUAAUUAAGAAAAACAGAGAAAUGAUUCUCAACCUAGUGGCGUCAAGCGUAAGAUUAGUACAGGUAAUGUAAACAAUUUUGUUUCUGUAUUAUCUUGAUACAGUAUUUCAGUGAUUUUCUUCAAUCUGAAUAUCUCAUUAACAUGAAUUUUUUACUAAUUAGACGAUUCCGAUAAUCAACCUGGUAAUAAGCAAUGGUGGUUACAGCCUAGACCAUCAAAAUUGAACAAAGGCAGUAGCUCAAAUAUUUCAACAAAUGACAAAACGAAAUGGGGUAUUUGUGUGACGUGUUUUAGGUUUGUUUAUUAAUUCAUUUAUUUUUUUAUGAUUCUAAGAUUUUCUAUUACUUAUAAAGAUUCUGUUGCGGCAAUUAUUCGCAGUAAACUAAAAAUACAGCAGAUCUGAGAUGAAUUAAUUAAUGUAUCAGUUUUGUCAUAAUUUUUAGAACUGGAGAAUCACCAAAGCUAUAUCAACUAUGCAGAUCAAAUAAAACGUCAAUAAAAAGACAUGCUGAGCGCCGUCAUGACAAUAAUUUGUCACAAGCUGAUGUUCGGUCUUAUUAUGACAGCGAUGAAACUGUUAGAAUGGCAAGGAAGAAAUAUGAGGCACAACAAAGUAUUGGGCACCCCAAAAAAGUUGAUACAGUAGUAAGAGUACAGUCAGCACCAAAUGUGAGUGAGGGUUCAACAUUAUCCAAAUCACCUGAGGAGACAAUUUCUGGAGGACAGUUAAAAACGUAUUUGCCUGAGAAAGUGCAAACGAAACUUUCUUUUAAUGCCUCCUGCUCUGAAGAACAAUCAUCUGUAAAACAAGGUGAACUCACAACUGAUGCAUCUUUACACGCAAAGGUUGACACUCUUAUCAACGAAUUCAAAGAGUUUAAAAUAAAAUCACUGGGAAACGAAAAGGACCGUAGACCCAAUUCAAUUUUGGCAGUUGAUGGAAAGUCUGCUGAAGAAACAGCAGAGUUGCUUUUGCAGUGGCCUGAUGUAAAAAUAUCCUUGACUUGGUGA